AAACAGAGUCCUUGGUACUAAAGAUCACUCCUUUUAGGUGAUGGCAUGGCCUUCAUCAAAUCUCUCACUCUCUCCUUAACACUCCUCCUCUCCUUCCUCUUCUUCCUCCUCUUCCCUCCCCAAUCUUCUUAUUCCCCAAACUACCCCUCCCACAGGUCCCUCCUCCAAACCACCACCUCCUCCUCCUCCAGCAAUGGCCUCAUCAACUACCUCUGCCUCUCCCUCCCCUCCCUCUCCCUCCUCCUCCUCCUCCUCUUCUACCUCCUCAUCAAAACCGCCACCGACCACUUCUCCCCCGUCACCACCACCCUCACCUCCGCCCUCAGCCUCUCCCCCUCCAUGGCCGCCGUCACCCUCCUCUCCCUCGGCAACGGCGCCCCCGACGUCUUCGCCUCCCUCGCCGCCCUCCGCCGCGGCAACUACCGCACCGGCUUCGGCGCCAUCCUCUCCGCCGGCGCCUUCGUCUCCGCCUUCGUCGUCGGCUUCGUCGCCAUCUACGCCGCGCCCUUCUCCGUCGACCCCGCCACGUUCGUCAGGGACGUCAUGUUUUACCUGAUCUCCGCGACGUUCCUGUUCUACGUGUACCUGAGCGCCGAGAUUUACUUGUGGCAGGCGGCGGGGUUCGUCGGGUUUUACUUGUUCUUCGUCGGCUUUGUGUUCUGGAUGGACUUGGGGCUGGGCGGCGGCGGAGGAGGAGUGAGGAGGAGCCGGAGUGUGGCGGUUGAGGAGAGUGAGAUGAACAAGAGCUUUGUUGCGUUGGAGAUCGGAGAAGUGGAGAGGAGAUCGGAGGAGGGGAAGAAGCCGAGUUUCGGAGUCCGGCGGGGUCUGGAACUGGUCUCAAAAGUGUGGGAGGUUCCGGUCUCAGUUCUUCUGAAGCUGACCAUUCCACAAGCUGUCCCGUCAGAGUGGAGUAGAUUCUACACUUCAGCUAAUAUUGCUCUGUGCCCUCUGGCACUUCUCUAUUCUUGCAACUCAUUCAUGGAAUUCAGUCAUCCCGUAACAUUUCUCCUUUCCAACACCCAUCUUCCACUAUGGUUUGUUGUAUUCUGGGCAAGCUCUUCUCUUGCAGUUCUUCAUUAUAUAAUAGAGAAAGAGCCCCCGAAAACUGAGCAAAUUCCUGUAUUGCUUAUAGCAUUUGUUAUGAGUGUCUUUUGGAUAUCUACUACCGCUGGAGAGUUGUUGAACUGCCUUGCUGCAAUUGGAACACUUUUAGACUUGCCACCAGCACUUCUUGGGCUUACGGUUCUUGCCUGGGGAAAUUCUGUGGGCGAUCUUGUUGCUGAUGUGGCAGUUGCCAAGGCAGGCCACCCUGCAAUGGCCAUGGCAGGGUGCUUUGCUGGGCCAAUGUUUAACAUGCUUGUAGGCCUUGGAUCUGCAUUGGUGAUACAGACCUACAAUGUCUAUCCCGAAGCUUAUGAGCUCCAGUUCCAUGUGGGUAUCGUGAUUGCAUUUGUGUUCCUGCUUUUGAGCUUGAUGGGUUCUCUAUUGGUGAUCACUUGGUGCAGAUUCCGGGUGCCCAGGUUCUGGGGUUUCUGUCUCGUUGGAGUCUAUGUUGUGUUCAUGGCGGUUAGCUUACUGAUUGCCAAGUUUUCCGGGUGAUUAUAAGCUAAUGAAAGUUGAUUUAUCUCCACGAAAUCCAAGCAACUGAGGAUGCUCUUGAGUUACUAUUUCUUAUAUCAGCUUGGAGAUCAUGCUAACACUGACAUGGAUUGUGCAUAUACACUACAAGCAUCACAAAUUGACAGUUCAAGAAAGAAGCAGUUGUGGUGCAAGUUGAAGAAAUUGGCCACCCUUAUUUAUAUAGGUAGAGUUGAGUUUGUUUCAACACUGAGUAGGUGGAAUAUUUUUUUAGGCCAGAACUGUUUUGUGAUUGGAUUUUGAUGAUUCUUUGCCCAAAUUCUUUGUGACUGGAAUAUAUUUACUGGGCAUAUAUGCUUUGGGUAGUUGCUAUACCUUUAGCCCUUGUACUACUUGUAACAUUACCAAAUAGCAGUGGCAGUUUACCAUCAGAUGCCAAUCUUUUGUUCUUUACAGAUCUCCCUCAUACUU